AACUUUAAAGUACAUUGAAGAAAUUGAUAAAGAUGAAUUGAUUAGAUAUUAUGCUAGAAUUGGGAUUAGUGACUUGGAUGCAAUUUCUCAUGAUGAAUUAUUUGGUAGUAUUUCAACUAAUAUGUAG